AUGAAUAGUUGCAUUAGAAGCGAUAACAAAGAACAACUAGAUGUAAUUUAUCCUUAUAUAAAUGUUCUAAUAAAUGCUUUAAAUUCGUAUCCAUUUCAUGGUACAGUGUAUAGAGGAUUUCUACUAAAUACUGUACAAUUAGCAAAGUAUAAAAAGGAUCGAACAUUUUUUUGGUCUGGAUUUUCAUCAGCAUCGAAAAGAUUUGCUGUCGCUGCGCAGUUUGCUCAAUGCAAUACAGUUUUUGAAAUAAUAAUUCCAAAAAUAUUUUCACAUUGUUGUGGUGAUAUUAGUGAUAAGUCAGCUUAUCCAAGAGAAGCUGAAGUAUUAUUAAAGCCAUAUACAUAUUUCCGUGUGCUUGGCACAAAAACUGAGAAACAUAGAGGAAUAGAAUAUCAAAUACCAGUAUUACUAGUGGAAGCGACUGUUCGAAAUUUAUCCGGCGUAUGGAAAUCGAAUGAUGAUGGCGAUUAUUUUAUUUGUCAAUAUGGACGAAAAGUUUUUUGGUAUGGAAGAUCAAGUCAAAAUAGAGACUAUAGCUGGUCUCACGUUGGCUAUGGAAUUAUUGACGAUGAAGAUGUUAUACACUUAGCAUUCGGCGAUAUACCGACUGGAAGAGAUCGCUACACAGGUGAUAUUGAUAUACAAAUAUCAUUUGAUUAUGCAACAAUGACUAAGAUACUCGAUACGAAAAAUAGUUUUCUCACAAAGUCGUGGAGUCGAGUAUCAGCACAAUACCAUCAAGACCCUAUUCCUACUGGGCUUCCUAUAUAUUGGAGUAGCACUUCUGACGAGCUGACAGGUCAUUGGAAAUGUAAUGAUGGUGGUAAUUAUUAUAUCAGCCAAUUUAAUGAACUCAUAUUUUGGUUAGGAUAUCAUCCGGAAGGUCGAUGGUGUAAUGUAGCUGCUGGAAAAAUCGAUAAAGCAUCUGGUGUCAUCGAUUUAAAUUGGGGUGAUAUUGUUUGCGGUGCCAAUAGAUUAUACGGAACUCUAGACUUGUUAGUAGAAAACAAGAUCAUAAAAAAACUUGCUGAACAAAUCAAAGGUAUUAGGGAAAACACAUUUCUAGGAAGUAAGUGGCAUCGCGUGGAUUCCAAAUAA